AUGGCUAGUUUAAUUAUACUAUCUGCCUCAUUAUUUAUUUCUCUCCUGCUGCCAAUUUCAUUUAAAGAGACUAUACUAAUUAUAUUCUUUUUAAUGAUACUAUUUAUCCAUCUAUCUCCUUAUUUCCACAUUAAUAAUAGUGGCACAAGUAGCAGUAGAUUACCAAGGAGAACAGUCCCAAUUUCACCAUCAAUUAAUAAAAAAAUUAACUAA